GAGUACGUCAUUUCCGGUGGGGAAGGCCCGCGGCCGCCGCCGCCAUUUCGGGCGCUGCUGGGAGGCUGACACCGGAGCCGGUCCGCUGGGCGGCGGGCGCCAGGGCUGGAGGGGCGCGCGUGCCGGCGGCGGCCCAGCGUGAAGGCGCGGAGGCUGCCAUGGCGGGCAACUUCGACUCGGAGGAGCGGAGUAGCUGGUACUGGGGCCGCUUGAGCCGGCAGGAGGCGGUGGCGCUAUUGCAGGGCCAGCGGCACGGGGUGUUCCUGGUGCGGGACUCGAGCACCAGCCCCGGGGACUAUGUGCUUAGCGUCUCCGAAAACUCGCGCGUCUCCCACUACAUCAUCAACAGCAGCGGCCCGCGCCCUCCAGUGCCUCCGUCGCCCGCUCAGCCUCCGCCGGGAGUGAGUCCCUCCAGGCUCCGAAUAGGAGAUCAAGAAUUUGAUUCAUUGCCUGCUUUACUGGAAUUCUACAAAAUACACUAUUUGGACACUACAACAUUGAUAGAACCAGUUUCCAGAUCAAGGCAGGGUAGUGGAGUGAUUCUCAGGCAGGAGGAAGAAUAUGUGCGGGCCCUCUUUGACUUUAAUGGGAAUGACGAAGAAGAUCUUCCCUUUAAGAAAGGAGACAUCCUGAAAAUCCGGGAUAAGCCUGAAGAGCAGUGGUGGAAUGCAGAGGACAGCGAAGGAAAGAGGGGGAUGAUUCCUGUCCCUUACGUGGAGAAGUAUAGACCUGCCUCCGCCUCAGUAUCGGCUCUGAUUGGAGGUAACCAGGAGGGUUCCCACCCACAGCCACUGGGUGGGCCGGAGCCUGGGCCCUAUGCCCAACCCAGCGUCAACACUCCGCUCCCUAACCUCCAGAAUGGGCCCAUUUAUGCCAGGGUUAUCCAGAAGCGAGUCCCUAAUGCCUACGACAAGACAGCCUUGGCUUUGGAGGUCGGUGAGCUGGUAAAGGUUACGAAGAUUAAUGUGAGUGGUCAGUGGGAAGGGGAGUGUAAUGGCAAACGAGGUCACUUCCCAUUCACACAUGUCCGUCUGCUGGAUCAACAGAAUCCCGAUGAGGACUUCAGCUGAGUAUAGCUCAACAGUUUGCUGACAGAUGGGAACAAUCGGUUUUUCCCCCCAAUUGCCAUCUAUACAAUUUUCUUACAGGUGUCAAAAGCAGUCUAGUUUAUAUAAGCAUUCUGUUACCUGUGAUCUUUUUUAAGACUGAAUUACUCCAUUCUCACGUGUAUUUACCAUAUUCAGGGUACGAAACUGGAGGGUUUGUGUGGUUGACUUCUGAGUUGGCAGUUUUAGGUGGUAGUGGCCGUGCCUGUAUGAGAAGAUGUAAAUACAUUGCUUCCUUUCUCUUGGCCAAAACAGAUCAACCUGUGGAAAGCUGAUGGGCAGGAAAAGAAUGUUACUCACUGCUUGACCCUGAUUUCUUCAGAGGUUCUGUUUUCAUUCUGAAUCCAUACUGUCAAAUGGCAGCAGACUGUCCCCCACUCCCAUGAAGUAAUCAUGCACUGUGUGAAUAUUACCCAGUGGGGUUGCAUUUGCGUUUAUGGACCAUGACCAUUGUAUGACUCAUUCUGACAUUUCAAAUCCUGAGGAUUCUGAGAACACUACUAGAGGCAUUUGUCUUCCUUGGAUUUUUUUUCUUGGAUUUUUUCCUUGUUAUUCUCCUCCCCUGUACCUAUAAGUGGCUUGAUUCUUAGGAUAGUGUAUAUCUUCAUUCCAGAUGAGAAGCAGGAUGUACAGAGCACUUUAUUCAGUGCAUAGCUUUAAGCCAGUAUUGGAUUCACUCAGUGGAUAAACUCCCAGCUCUCUGCCUUCCCCCAAGGGGGCAUUGUAGGUUCACACUGCUACUACAGCUAAGACUCUCCUCACUGAUGGGACGGAUCUGGCGGGGCCAUUUUUCCAGAUUGCUAGUAUCCUAAUGGGAUGCUUAGAGUUCUCAGAUUCUACUUGGAGUGGAAGGACCAAUCACUUACUGUAUCCUAUAGAAGGUAUCAAGGGCCAAACUGCCCUCUGCACAUGUGCAAGUUGUAUAAAAGGCAGGUUAGACUUUAUGCAUCUGGGGUAGGAUUGGUACUUUGAAAACUGUUCCAGUCAUAAAUUACUUAUGUAUCAUUUUACACAGCCAAAAUAGUUCUUGAAGUAGAUUACAUUAUAAAUUGCCUUCAUUUGGGGUCUCCUUUGUCCAGAUUAGUUUACAAACCCUUUAAGGUGUAGAAGGGCUUAUAUGGGGUCAGAUGCUCCAGAGACUAGGCCUCUGAGGCCACAAAUUAUAGGGCUUCUUUAGACUUGAGACUUUGAGGUGAUAAAGGCACUUGCUGGUCUCUGGUGUAGGUGACCAAUAGAAACACCUUAUACUUUGCUUUGAACCUCAUUUUAAAAAAAUAAUGUACCUUCUUAGUUGUCCUGUGUAGAUUAUUGUGAUGAAUUUGCAUUCAUUGAACAUAUACCAAAUCAUGUAAUUGCAGUGACUAGCACAUUGCUGAGCACAUGUGUAUAGAGAUUUUGUAUGAAAGAAUGAUCAGAGUGCAGAAGCUUGUUAUAUGGCCCAGGGACACCAGUUGGCAUAGGAUUGCAUACUUUACACAGGCAGACUUAAUGAGUUGAUGCUAAUUUAAUACAUUUUUUACCUCACUUUAGCUUGAUAAAGACAGUAAUAUUCAACUUUAGAGAUGUUGGCCCAGUGCUGAGCUGGUAAUAGGUGCCCAGUGAUACUGAGUGGACAGGUUGGUAGCACGUGGCAUAUUCCACCUGACUGCUUGUUUCAGUUUUCAGUUAGUAUAGAUUCUAUAAAUCCAAAUGCACAUUAAAUCCUGUUUUCCUAAGCCAUGGGCAAUGGUGAAUGUCUUUAGUCCUAGCCCUUGAGAGACAAAGGCAAGUGGAUAUCUGAGUUCAAGGCCAACCUGGUCUACCGAGCUACUUCCAAGACAGAGUUAGAAAGUAAGACCUUGUUUCAAAAACCAAAAAUUAAAAAAAAAAAAUCUGUUCCUGAAAUUAUGGCAUCUAAAACAUUUUUAGAAAAUCAUUGUCACAACUGAUUUGAAUUAUUUCUCUUGCCUUUGCCUUUGAUGCUGGCUUUGUACUGUCUCUUCAUUAUGUGUGGUGGGAAUGGGAUAUACAGCUCUACGUGAAUCGUAAGAACUCCUCAGUGAUUAAUUGUUAAGAGCCAUUACAUGAACUGUUUGGUUGGAUUUGGCUGGGUGUAGCAGUUAUUGGACCUCAAGAGAUCAAAGGACUUCUUACAAAUAUCUUCCAAAAAUAGCAAGUGCUAUAAUCCUAGUCAGAUGCAUAUGUACAUUGUCACAGAGCAAAGUAAACUGAAAUUGGCUGCUAUGUUUUAUAUAAUCACUUCUGCAAGAGCCCAUUUUUGGAUACUAAUAUUUGACAUGGUUAAUUCUUAAUAAUUUGUUGAAAUUGUUUAUUAAUAAUGCAAAUAGAUAAUUUUAAUUUUCCACGAGUAACAUUUCACUAUUAAUGGUUUGAAAUGGGUGAUAAGCAAACCAGUUUGAAAUAAAAUAUGAACAUGUGCCAUUGUA